UGGCGCGCGCAUCUCAUUAGCGGAGUCCCGUCGCAGCUUUAGGUGAAGCCGCCUCGCGCUGCCAUUCGGAAGCAGGUGUCCAACAUGGCGAUCGCAGGCAGCGGUUCUCUCGCGACUAUUCUCUCUCUGUACGUGUUCCACGCGGCUCUUCUCAAAGGAGCUGCACAGGACCCCGUGGUGAGUCUGAACCUGGUGACGGACAACGUGUCGGUGGUGGAGGGCGAGAUGGCCAUCAUCAGCUGUCGGGUGAAGAACAACGACGACUCUGUUAUCCAGCUGCUCAACCCCAACCGGCAGACCAUCUACUUCAGAGACGUGAGACCUCUGAAAGACGUCCGCUUUCAGCUGGUGAACUUCUCCGACAACGAGCUGCGGGUGUCGCUGUCUAACGUCUCGCUGUCGGACGAGGGUCGAUAUGUUUGCCAGCUCUACACGGACCCCCCACAGGAGGCCUACGCUGACAUCACCGUGCUAAUUCCCCCCGGUAACCCCAUCAUCGAGGCCCGGGAUGAGGUGCUGAGCGAGGGCAAUGAGACGGAGAUGACCUGCACCGCCAUGAGCAGUAAGCCUGCUGCCACCAUCCGAUGGAUGAAGGGGGAUAAAGAGCUCCCAGGCAAGCCCAAGGUGGAGCUGACCUACGACAAGAUGUACACGGUCACCAGCCGGCUGAAGUUCACCGUCAGCAAGGAGGAUGAUGGUGUCCCAGUGGCUUGCAUCGUCGACCACCCUGCGGUGAAGGAUUUCCAAGCACAGAAGUACCUGGAGGUUCAGUACAAACCGGAGGUGAAGAUCCUGGUCGAGUUCCCUCAGGGUCUCACCAGGGAAGGAGAGAACCUGGAACUGAAUUGUCAGGCCAAAGGCAAACCCCAGCCACAGCGGGUGAACUGGGUGAAGGUGGACGACGACGUGCCGUCUCACGCCGUCAUCACCGGAGGGGAUCUUUACAUCGAAAACCUAAACAAGUCCUACAACGGAACCUACCGCUGUGUGGCCUCCAACACGGUGGGGGAGUCUUUCGACGACUACAUCCUCUACGUCUACGAUGCUCCCACCACUACCCCUAUACCCACCACAGCCACCACCACCACCACCAUCACCACCAUCUCCUACCCUGAAGCCAAUCAAGACACUGCGCCCAGCACUGAACCUGCAGCUCAUGAUUCGCGGGCUGGAGAAGGAGCGCCCAGAACGGUGGACCACGCCGUGAUCGGAGGAGUGGUGGCCGUGGUCGUCUUCGCCAUGCUCUGUCUACUCAUCGUCCUGGGGCGCUACUUCGCAAGACACAAAGGUACCUACUUCACGCACGAAGCCAAAGGAGCGGACGACGCCGCGGACGCCGACACGGCCAUCAUCAACGCGGAGGGGGGCCACACCAACUCGGACGAAAAGAAAGAGUACUACAUCUAAUCCAAACAGGACCCCCCUCACUCUAGGGUCCCCUUUGGGACAACGAGCUGUCUUUGGGGGCCGGGGGCGGGAGGGGGGAGUGUGUGUGUGUGUGUGUUGGGGGGAGGGGGGGAGGGAGGGUGGAAGGGAUUUCAGUUGGUUCAGCAUCACUUUUAGUCGGAGUGGAGGGUUUAGGGUUUAAGUAGAAGAGAGAGGUUUUAAAGAAAAAGCCGUUGUUUAGUCUAGUCUGCAGAUGUAGAUGGAAUGUUUUGUGCGUGGAAAAAAAAUUAAAAAUAAAAAAUAAAAAAAAGGACAAAAAAUGGGAGGGUUUUCGGUAAAGUGGGACGGGGACGGGGUCGCGGGUGGGAAAGCUGCGCAACGCCGUUGCCAGAAAUCACGGUAGAGAGCUUCACCAUUUCCACACCUCCCCAACUGCUGGUACGAAUUUCAUUUAGUUCAACCAUUUGCAGAAAAUUCUGUGCCUUGUUCUAUCCGUACUUUGGAUUUGUGUUGAUCCUCAUUUGCAUAACUUUGUUGCCCCCCCACCCCCCCCCCUCUCUCCUCCCCCCGUUUCAUCUUUCCCACUCGACAUCAUCGAUGUGCUGUUGGCUUUUUUUGUUUGAGGGUAAAAUUACGGAGCCUCUUUAUUCAUUUCCCCUAAAUGUGUCUGCACACACGCUUCCUCUGCUGCAUAACAAAAACUCUUUCCAGUAUACUGUGAUUUGUCUCAAGCCAUUACUUCCCUCUCCUUUGCUUCCCCCUAAAGUUUUGACAGCUCCGAAAAUGCAUGGAAUGCUUUACAUAUCAUUGUACAAAGGACAUAAAUGAGAAACAGGUUUAAUGUACUGUGUUUGCUGUCCCUGCCCCCCCCCCCCCCCCCACGCACCCCCUCAGCCCUAAACAUCCAAAACAUAUUCAAAAAGAAGGCAGCAAGGGAUCAUAUCAAAUUAUUUUAUUGAGGCAAUUCAAAUUUUAAAUUCAUGUUCUCUUCAAAGCAGACGUACUACUGCCUCUUAAAAAAUACCUUUCUUAGUAAAGAAAAAGAAGUACAUUAUUUUUCUUCUGCUAUUUCAUUAUUUUGAUUUCUUUCUCUGUUCAGUAUUUCUUUUCUUCUAUUAGUCUGGAUGGAAGCUCUGUUUUCCCACUAGCUUUUAUUGAGUUGUAAUGACGUGAUUCAAUUCAAUUCCAUCUGCUCUCACUUUAGAAUAUUUUUCUUACAAAUGGGAAUGUAAGAAAAUGUAAAUUGUUUUAAAAUUGGUUUUGGCAGUCAAAAUGCCUCGAUAAUAAAAGGCUGUUGAAAAGAAUAUUUGCUACUAAUAUUGCCCAUCUAGCAGGCGACAAACGCUGCUGUAUUGUACAUAACUUUCCCGAAAAGAGAAAGGGCCUCUGAAAACACAUUUAAAUUGGUUUUAGGGACACGUAAGCUGCACAACACAUCCAUAGACACACUAUCCAAUGUAAAUCAAGCCAAUGGAAUCACAGUUGUAUUGUACACUAAUCCUUACUAAGAAAUAUUUUUUACAACUUAACAGAAUUGCAAUGGAGUAUCUUGGUGGAUAUUAUUCUGUGACACUCGUCAGUUUGGUCAAAAUGGAAGUAUAUGUGUUCAAACUGAGUUGCUGUGAAGGACAGUCCAGUCUUUCCAAUUCCAUCACCUUCUAAAACUAUAUUUUUCGUCCAUGCAGCAGCUUGAGUGUGUAAACAAUUGGUAAUAUUUUUGCAUGUGUGUACGUGCUACGACUCAUUAUUUUAUCCUCUCUAUCGGGCUUCAUGUAUCACCUUCCAAAACUGAAUGGGGAUCUGUUUUGCUGUGCCAGCUGGGGAGCACUGGCUGGGAAUGCCAAAAGUAAUUAACUGUUAGUAAAUUAACUUAAUCCACAUGUUGUGCUCCAGGGUGGUAAUCCAGGGGUUACAUUUAAUGUCCUGGCUUCUUAACAUGGCAAUAAGGGUCUAUUCAUGGCAUUGUUUGUCAUCAUCAUGUGUUCACACAGCAAGCAGCUCGCUUAAUGAGCCCUUACAUCAGCUAUGGGUAGAUUGAGGUGGAGGUCUAGGUGGUGUCAUUCCAAACGAGUUGCCAAGAGUGUCUGCAACUAUUCCUGUAGAAUACAACAUCAUUCGACGGCGCUAAUAAAAGCUACACGGUUUGGAGUCACACGACGCCGCUGCUCGCUGUGUGAACACUCAAAUCCAAGAUUCAAUACUUUUUUGCCAUGUUAACACAUUAAGUUGGAAUUUCUGUUGGUGCAGCUCAGAUUGCAUCACAUUAACAAUGUUAUAGCUUUAAUAUAUCAUAGUCGUGCAUGAAGACAGCAUUCAGUCUCUCCACAUUGGGAUUGUGGUUUUGGGGUUGUUUCAAAGCACCCUUGUGUCAUAAAAAUUCUGUUCUAAUACGACAAAACUGCAUUCUCAAUUACGUAUUUACUCCCGUUUGUUUUUGAAAAAUGAUAAUGAUUAUAAAUUAAUCAUUAAAAAAAAAAGUUUCCUGGUGGAAGAUAUCGUUCUAUUGAGGCUGGUUAGUGGCGUCACGUCGAACAAGAAACACUGCC